GUUAUAUAUGCAGGAAUUUGUUCAGAAAGUUGUUUUAUAAAACUUCAAUAUAUACUAUUAAGUAUUUUUAAAAAACUAAAAGAAUGAUUAAAAAUCGUUGUAAUGCAUUUAAUUUGAUAAUGUGUCUUUACGUUAUUCUUAUAUCAGCACAAAUAUUUUUCAACUCAAAUGCUAGCCCAGAAAUACAACCACCUGAUUAUGAUACCAUAUUUGACGAUUCAUUUUUACAAGUUAUAAUUACUAUUAAUAAUAAUAUCAAAUCAUUUGUCUGUGAAAAAAAUCAAAGAUUUAUUAAACAUUCAUUUAUAAAUAAAGAUGACAUUAAGUUGUUAUCAAGAUCUUGUGAAGAUAAUUACGAAUGUAGACAAAAAAAAGAAUCAAGCUUAAACAAAUUAAAAAAAGAAUUAGAGUCUUUAGAGUGUUUUCACACAUUUUUAUGUCUUCAAAUUUUAGAAGUGUUAAAAAACGAUAUUAGGAUAAAAAAUUUAAAUCCUAAUCAUACUCUCAAAAUAACUUUUCUAGAUGCAUCUGUUUACGUAGUUAGGAUGAUUUCAUUUUUUAUUUAUGGCAAGUUUGUUGUUAAUCCUUGGCAAUAUAAUUUUGCAAAACGACUCAUUGACUUAGCAAGACUCAAAAGACAAAAGAAGGAUACACUUAAAUUCAGUUUAGAAUACCUAGAUGACUCAGUAUUACUUUCUUCGAUGAAUGAAUUUUGCGAAAAUUGUAAAAAAACAAAUGAAUUAUAUAUUUUUCAAGAAAAAAUUAAUAAAUUUUUAAAUAAAAAAAAUUUCAAUCUUCAUGUGAAAAACUUAAUGUCAAAGACAUCUCUUCCUUGUAUAACAAACAUGAACAAAACUUCUCAUACACUUAUUAGCAAAGGAAUUAAUAGGAUCCAUCUCGGUGGGCUCUGCUUCAGACCCAGAACACUUCACAUUGUCAUUACGGAUAGAUCACAUACUCCGAAUGCAGUACUUAAAACACUUAUUGUGCCCAGCAUAGUCUGGCACAAUAUGUGUUUUCAAAAAAAAGUGUUAUUUCAGAAUUAGUAAGAAAAAAAAAAUAAGGUAGAAAAAUCGAAAAAUAAAAAACGUUUAAUUAUUAAAAUGAG